CGUUAUUCCUGCUCUCUGAGCGCGCAGAGACAUCGCCAAACUUUAAUAAGCUGGAAACCUUCAAGCGUUUGGAAGGAAUCAUAUUUUUCUUUCAUUGAAAGUAAAGAGUGUCUCGCUUAUUCUGCGUGGUAAAGAACAAGAGCUGGACAUGGAAAACACUCCAGUUGAAAUUUUUAAAGAAGACAAUAAGUGCCUGCCCGGGCUGCUGGAGGACUGCCCAGUGAAUUCCUCGGGUUGGAUGUCCGGAGAAAGCCGCAAUGUGACCCGCGAUGAGAGCUGGGAGCAGGAGAGCAUGUCCCCCAUCAUCCCCAUCAUCACCGCUGUGUACUCCGUGGUGUUCGUGGUCGGCUUGCUGGGAAACUGCCUCGUCAUGUAUGUGAUCAUCAGAUACACAAAGAUGAAGACAGCCACUAACAUCUACAUCUUCAACCUGGCUCUAGCAGAUGCGCUCGUCACCACCACCAUGCCCUUCCAGAGCACUGACUACCUUCUGAACACCUGGCCCUUUGGGGAGGUGGUGUGUAAGGUCUUCAUCUCCAUUGACUACUAUAACAUGUUCACCAGCAUCUUCACUCUCACAAUGAUGAGCGUGGACCGGUACGUGGCAGUGUGCCACCCAGUGAAAGCCCUGGACUUCCGCACACCCAUCAAAGCCAAGAUGAUAAAUGUCUGCAUCUGGAUCCUGUCCUCAGCAGCCGGGAUACCUGCUUUUGUGCUGGGGGGCACCCAGACUAACAGUGACAUAACUGAAUGUGCCUUACAGUUUCCAGAGCCUUAUGCCUACUGGGAUACGAUGAUGAAGAUCUGUGUGUUUGUGUUCGCCUUUGUGGUGCCUGUUCUCAUCAUCACCGUCUGCUAUUCCCUCAUGGUCUUGAGACUGAAGAGCGUCCGUAUGCUUUCCGGUUCCCGGGAAAAAGACCGAAAUCUGCGCCGCAUCACACGGCUGGUGGUGGUGGUGGUUGCUGUGUUUGUGGUUUGCUGGACACCCAUUCAUAUCUUCAUCCUGGUCAAGGCGUUGGUGAGUGUACCCGAGACCACAGCCAUCAUGGCUGCGUACUUCUUCUGCGUGGCUCUGGGCUACACCAACAGCAGCCUCAACCCCAUCCUGUACGCCUUCCUGGACGAGAACUUCAAACGCUGCUUUAAGGACUUCUGUCUUUCAGCCAAACCGAAAGGCGACAAGGCGUCCGGUAGCAAGAAGGUCCCCAACACCGUCCGGGCCACUGCUGUUCCCCUGGAGAACCCAGAUGGGACUAAUAAAAACACCUGACUAGCAGUGGAACUGUCUUCAAUUUCCCAUAUUGGAAAGGAAGAUUCACAUGAUCUGGGCUUAACACACAUUACUUCAGCAAUGUAGACUAAUUCUGUUGUGAAAGCUGAUCCACCUCUUGUUUUCAUUGCCACUGUUGCCAAACUGAAAAGAUACAUCGUCAUCUUUAGCUUAUAAAAAAAGCAUGAAAGUAAUCUGUUUGGCAACUUCCUCCUCUUGGAGGUUUAUCUUUCUGAGUUGAUGUUUCAGUAAGCAGGUAGCGGUGAAGAAGACAGAUGAAAUGUGAAACAAAGGAAUCUACAAGGUCACCAAAGGGAGGGUUGGAAGUGGCAUUCUUAUGACUUUUGUGGCCCUUUCCUUGUUCUCCCCCACCCCAAAAGCCUUAUAUGUCUACAUUUAUUUUUAUAAAUGUGCUUUUAUAAUCAGAGAUGACAAACUUUAGGUUGCUAAAUGUAUGUAUUUAUGUUAUUUAUUGUUACAUCAUUUAGCAUGUCACUUUUGAAACUCCCUAAGUCACAUAUGGCCCUCUAUCUCAACUAUCACUAUAUCACCACUGUAUAAUAAACCCACACAUUUUACUAUGACAUUUCAAUUUUCACAUGUCAGCCCAAUAUUCUCUAUGGCUCCCUCAGCGGUCUGCCUUUUCAAAAAAACUUCAGAGAUGCCUAUAGCUAAAGACAUCACAUGAAAAGCUGCAUUGCAAUAGAUUCAGAAAAUAAAAGUUUAUCUGUUUUAGUAAAUAUAUUUAAAACUUGAAGCACAUAGCAUUAAACAUAAAUAAAUUAAACAUUAAAUAACAUUUUAAUGGUUAUAGACUCAACAACAGUCCCCGAACUCAGUUUCUCUGGAUGUAGAGAGUUACUAGAGACCAAUUACAAAUUGGAAUUUGAAAAGUUUGUGUAUGAUUAUGGACUGGAAGAUUUAAAUGUGAAGUUGAGAGGGAGUUUGGGGGAAAAGUGUGCUAGAGAAAAUGAAGGAAUAAGGACUGCAGUCUUAAAGGCUACGUUCACAUCCGGCCUGAAGUGGCCCAAAUCCGAUUUUUUGGCCCAUA